AGGCUGUACUUAGCAGGUCUGCGGAAGUUGCGGGUUGGGCUGUGAAGCGGACAUGCCUUGCCGCCUUCAGUCCGUAGUCUCUGGGCCCCCGCCCUCCAGCGGCCUUUGAGUCGUGCCUGGGUCCUCACCCAUGCCUCAGAACCGCGAAGAAAGGAAGGUCGCGUGUUUGCUAGAAAACCUAGUUGGGAGUGCGAGGCAGAGAACGUUCAGCACCCUUGUUCCUUCCGAACCCCCGUCACAGAGGCAGUUCUCUGAGGGCAGGGAGUCCCCUUCGUCUUGGCCCCACAGCCCGGGCUGGGCACUAAACUCGGGCCGUGGCGGGGCGAGCGAGGCGAGCUUCGGGGGAAACUGACGCCUGAUGAUGGCUCAGUCCAACAUGCUCCCCGUGGCUGAUGUGUUGAGUCAAGAUGAACUGCGCAAAAAGCUAUACCAGACGUUUAAGGAUCGGGGUAUACUGGACACACUCAAGACACAACUUCGAAACCAGCUAAUUCCUGAGUUGAUGCACCCUGUAUUGAGUGGAGAACUACAGCCUCGGUCCAUUUCAGUAGAAGGGAGCUCUCUCUUAAUAGGCGCCUCUAACUCUUUAGUGGCAGAUCACUUACAAAGAUGUGGCUAUGAAUAUUCACUUUCUGUUUUCUUUCCAGAAAGUGGUUUGGCAAAAGAAAAGGUAAAGUCUUUCCUUUUCUAUUUUUGAAUUUUUUAUUAACAGGUUCUUCCUCUGCUGACAGUAAAGUGCUGCAUGAUAGCUAAGUGCUCCUUGACUUGGUCCCUUUCGAGGUCCUCUUUGAAUUCACGUUGUACCUGCACAUAAUAUAUUUGUUAUAUAACAAGUGGGUACUAAAUAUGAAAUUAAUUUUUUGGCAUCUCAUUUAGUCUCAUGUAAAAUAGUGAUAUAUAGAAUCUCUAAAUGUUCCAGACCUAUAAUUGAUCUAUCCUCUAUCUUGUGUGAUAAGAUUCUGCCAAUCUGCUGAAUGCCUACUGUAAGCUUGGCACUGUGAUAGGCACACUGCAGAUGUUUUGUGUGUUACAGAUGAGGAACCAGACGCUGGAGAGGUGAAUCAGUUUGCCCAAGGUCAAGUAACUUUUAAGUGGCAAUACAGGGUGGUAAAUCUAGAUCUCUAACAUGAGCUCUUUUUUUCUGCACUAGUUUCUUCAGAUGUUUCUCUUCUUUGUAAUUAGAUAAGUCAGAAAUACGUAAUUUAAAAAAUCUGGGCCGGGCGCGGUGGCUCAAGCCUCUAAUCCCAGCACUCUGGGAGGC